AAGAAUUAGAUGACGUCUGAUAAUUUUUGAAUUUUUUCAAAACGUUAAAAUAUUUAAAAAAUUGUAAUUCCAAAAUUAUCCAGGAGAUGGCGUCAACUCUCUCUAGUAACUUUCCAGGACAUGCUUUCCAUACUUCAGGUAAUUUGUGUAAAGUAUGAUCUCCUGCUAUUUUUUAAAAUUCAAAUUUUAAAAGUUCGCAAAUUAUAUUUAUAAUAAAACUACGCACAUUCACUCUAGAUUCUUACUCAUAAACAAAACGAAAAAAAUUUGCUCAAAAUGUCAACAGAAGAACCGCCUCCUAAAAAAUUAAAAUCUCUCGUAAAUGCCAACGAAAAAACUCAAGAGGUAAGUGCCAGCACCAUGGAUUCAUCACCAGGAACCUCUGCUAGUUCACCAGACGAGUUUAUAAAAAAAAGUAUAAAAUUAUUAGAUCAACUUUUGAAAAAAGGAGUCGAUGUAAAUUUCGCAACAGAAACCAACGAGCCAGCCCUUCAUUCAGCCAUCAGUGCCAACAAUUUACCACUAGUUGAAAAACUAAUAAGUGCAGGAGCUGACGUCAAUAUGAUGUCGCUUGCCAAAGGUCCAUUUUAUGACACUACUCCUCUGCAAGUAGCAGUCGAAAACGAAAACGUCAAAAUAGUUGAGUUACUCAUAAAAAAUAACGCUCACGUUAACAUCGACAGCAAAAGGAGCACAGUUCUUACCAAAGCAGCUAGAAAAGGUAAUUUUGAACUAGUCGAUUUAUUGAUAAAGGCUGGAGCUCACGUUAAUCCAGAUUCCGAGCAAGGCAAGCCAUUGCACAUGGCCAUUGCCAAAAAUAAUUACGAGAUGACUGAGUAUCUGAUAGCACGAGGUGCGGAUGUCAAUUCCAUUUCGAAAAAUAGAACGACACUGCAGACUGCUGUCAAACGAGGAAAUAAAGCGAUCGCUGAAUUGUUGCUCAGGCAUAAUGUUGAUGUCAAUGAUUGUCUGAAUGGAAAAUCUGUUCUGUGUAUAGCCGUCGAAAAUAACAAUUUUGAAUUAGUCGAGUUAUUGCUGAAUGCUGGUGCCUGCAUAAAUUCAAUUUCCUUCUAUGGUGUGCCAUUGCAUUGGGCUAUUUUAGAAAAUAACUAUAAAAUGGUCGAGUAUUUGAUAACCAGGGGUGCUAAUGUCAAUGGGAUUGGAUUUGUUGAUAAAUAUCCUUAUCAAUUACACGGUAAUUUUUCUCCACUACAACUGGCUGUUAGAGUUAAUAAUUUAAAUAUAAUAAAUCUGCUGCUAGAUAACAACGCAGAUGUAAAUUUAGUUGUCAAUAAUGAUGAUUUCUUUGAUGACAGUAUGACAUCAUUACAUUUUGCUAUUGAAUUUGAUUAUCAAGAAGCUGCUAAAUUGUUAUUAAAUUAUAAUACGAUUGACUUAAAUGUUGUGACAGCAAUAAAAGAGGAAACUGUUCUGCAUUACGCGGCUAGAUAUUGUAAGGAUGAUAGUAUGGUAAAUGUUUUGCUAGAAGCUGGUGUUGAUGUCAAUCAUUUAAAUGGUUUUGGUAACGCAGCGAUCCGGUGCUCGGCGACACUUGAUGUGAGAAUUUCUAUGGAACAACAUAUCGUUAAAUUGGUAGCAGCUGGUUUUAAUGUCUGUGAAAAAAAUUUACUGGAGGUAGAUGAAGAGCAGUUUGAAAAUUUAUAUGAAAAAUGUUGUAAUGAAAUUGAGAUGAUAAGAAAAGUUAAAAUUUUUGAGACUAAUUAUAGUUUUUACGAGAUACUGAAAAAAAGUCGACAUGAAAUAGCUCUAUUUUUGAUGAAUGUAAGCGAUGAUAAUUUGUUUAAUGAGGAUGAUUUACGGCUGCAGUUUCCGUUAUACGGUGGAAUUAUUUAUAACUGUUUGAAAAAAGCGUUUGAUAGAAAAAAUUUGCUAUUGAAAGUUUUGAAUUUGCUUUAUGAUGUUUUAAGUGAACAACUGCCGGAAUUAAUUUUAAGAAAAGUAACCAAAUACUUGACAAAUCAAGAUUUAAAAACAUCAUCAAAGUAAUUUGAAUUGUAAAAUCGUCUAUUUACUAACAAAAAUUUUAUUUUUACAAAUACUUUUUUUCUGAGACAAAUUUAUGUAAUUUAUUGUACAAAUUAACACUGAAUUUUAUCACUUGUCAGCUUUAAU